GACAAAAAGAUGGAAGGAGAUUCAGUGAAGUUAAUAGGAUUUUGGGGUAGUCCAGCUGUUCUAAGAGUGAAGUGGGCACUAGCAGUUAAAGGAAUAGAGUGCCAAUAUGUGAAAGAAGAUCUCAGCAACAAGAGUGACAUGCUCCUUAAAUACAACCCUGUCUACAAAAAGGUACCUGUUCUUGUGCACCAGGGUAAGCCCCUUGCUGAAUCACUGCUCAUUCUUGAGUAUAUUUAUGAGACUUGGAAGCAAAAACCUCUUCUUCCACAUUCUCCUUAUGAAAGGGCCCAGGCAAGAUUCUGGUCCAAAUUCCUUGAUGACAAGUGUAUGUCAACGGUUGUGGCAGCGUUUUCCAAGGUAGGAGAAGAGCAACAGAAGGUAGCAGAAAAAGCUCGAGAGAAUCUGAAGAGGCUUGAGGUUGGACUUGAGGGAAAACGCUUCUUUGGAGGUGAUAACAUUGGCUUUGUGGACAUUGCCAUUGGCUGGCUUCCAUACUGGAUUGGAAUAGCUGAGGAAGUUGUGGCCAUCAACCUUAUUGAUGCAGAGUCAAUGCCUAAGCUUAACUUAUGGUUCCAUGCUUUUAUUGACAUUCCAAUUAUCAAAGAACUCAUGCCUCCUUGGCAUAAGUUGCUCCAUCACACCAAGACAUUCCUUCAAGCGUAGACAUCAUCCCCUUUGAAGGCUAUUUCCAUUCACAUAUCGUAUAUUAUAUGUGAUGCCAUCUUACCAAGUUUAUUGUUAGGACUAAAACUAGAACAACUAAGAAUUAAAGAAGAAUGUAAUAAAAGAGGAAGAGAGGUGAUUGUGAUUGUAUUGAAAUUGAGAUGAAUGUUAGAUCUAUUCGAGUAUAACCAAGAAAAACAAUUCUCUUUAAUUCAAUUCAAGUUAGAGUGAAAAUUCCUCGUA